UCAUGAUCACAAAUUAAAUUAAAUAUUCAUUCGCCCUUUAUUAGAAAUACUUCCUAGUAUCUCAACAAUAUAUUUAAGACAUGUAUUAUCAUCGCAGUACUAAAUUUAUCAUAUAUUUAUUUUUAGUCCCUUUGCGUUAAGAACAUGAAAAAUAACUAUAAAAAUUAAUUUCUAAAGGUGCCUAAAUUAUAGGUGGAGGUCAAUUUCCAUACAAUGGAGCAUACUACAUAAUCAAUACAGAAGAUGACAACAACAUUAAGACUUUUAUUAAUAAUGACCCAUAUACAUAAAAUAAUUUAGCGAAAACUACAUAUGAAUAAAUAUAUCCUCUAAUUGAUAAUUUUGAUCAAUUAAGUUAACUCUAUAGUUUUAAGUGAA